AUGAAGCUUUCAACUUCAGCCUCUUCACUCUUAAGAGGAGUACAAAAUCGCUCACUCGUUCAAAAUUCCCUAUAUAGCAAAUUAGUUAUUGAUAGAACUGCCAUUUUUUCAAAGGCUUCAGGUCUGACAGUAAACUUUAAAACAAAGUGUGAACUAAUGGCUAUUCAUAAUUGUACUUUAAAAGAAAUAUAGUGAAUUCCAGUAAAACAGGAGGUUAAGUACCUAGGGGCUAUGAUCACCAAGAACUGUGCUAAUAAAGAACACUCAAACUUCAAUUCUAAAAUUGAAGGAGUUUUUUUUUUUUAAGCCUUAAAUCAUUGGUUAUCUAGAGACACAUCUAUUUUGGGUAGAAUCCUCUUGACUAAAACUGAGGGAAUAUACAAACUUAUAUAUUUAUCUCCUGCCGUGUAUAUGGCCCCAAACGUAGUUAAAAAUCUGCGAAUUCAAUUUUAUUUGAAUUUACAUGGGGAAAAAAACAACCAAACAAAAAAAAAACUAUUUGCGUAAAUUCCAUAUGGUUAAAGAGCAAGAACGUGGAGGCUUGAAAGCCAUUGAUUUUUAAUCUCUUCUUGGUGCAUUAAAGAAUGUUUAAUAAAAAGACAAAUACAAUAUGGUACCAUAUUCCCAAUCAUAUUUUCAAAAAUUUUGUCUUGAUUUAUGUUAAGAUGUAAUUGGAUAUUUUUCUAAUUCCCCUGAAGGUAUAAAAUUUCCAUAAAACAUUUUUUUUUUUAAAUUGUAUUUACCCGUAAUUUUUCCCUCAUAACUCCACUCUUUGGAACAAUAGGGUGUGUAGUGAUUAAAUGAAAGUCUCUGUUUAAAAGCGACUGGUAUAACAAAGGUAUUAUUUUGAUUCAUGAUUUGUUAGAAACUAAUGGGUAUUUCUUAUCUCGCUAAUAAAUUUGGAUUUCGCUAAUAAAUAUGGAGUUAAAAUUACAACAAAGGGCUAUGAUAAGAUAUGUAAUGCUGUGCCCACUGGACUGGUAAGAAUAAUACAAAGCAGUUUUUCCUGAUCCUUUAUCUAGACCUGUAGUUUCUCUUCCUUCUUUAAAAAUAUGUAAUGUUGAUCUUUUUGACAGUAAGUGUAAUAAUAAAUUUAUCUACAAAGAAUGUAAGCAUAUUAUCACUGGUGAUUACCAGUGUUAUUUUCUGGGAGAUGUUGAAACUCCAGUAAGGGAUAAAGCAUUUACCUUUUAUUUUAAUUACCCAGUUGCUCCAAAGGUUAAGGAGACCCAUUACAAAUUCAUGUUUAGGAUUUAUCCUGUUAGUGAAUCUAUACAAAACAGAUUUCAUUUCAAUCCUUGUAGUUUUCAUUCUUGUUUCCCUGAAACACUUGAUCGCCUAUUCUUCUACCGUGAGGUUACUUCUAAAUUCUGGUUUGAUUUACAUAGCUGGGUGUCUAUUAAAAUGGUGUCAACUCCCCUUAUUGUUUUACAAGAUAUUCUUUCCUUUAAAGGUGACUUAAAUACCCUUUUUUUUCCUGAUGUUGUGAACUUUGUUUUAUUUUGGGGUAAAUAUAUUCAUACUUUAAUACUUUUUAUUGUGGUUUAAUAUUUUUCUCUGUGAGGUGGUGUAACUGUUUCAGAAUUUUAAAUGUCUCAGAAAACAAAAAGUAGAAAAGACAGGAAAAAAUAUAUCUUAAGAUAUCUGCUACUGUAAAGUAUGUUGAUUUGAUCCCUGUAUAAUCCGUAUACGAUUCACUGUUUUCAUAAUUAAGAAGCAAAUAUCAGGAAAAAAAAAUGGCUUGUUAUUUUAUUACAAAUCCACUUUGUACACACUUACAAAUCCAAAACGAAUAAGCCGUUUUCUGUUCUUUCAAUCUCAUGCUCAAGUGAAAAGUCUAAAAUUAGAAAGUGGGUUUAAUCUAAGGUUUCAGUUGAACAGUUUUAUUUAUUUCUUAUUUGGUUGGCUGUGACCCGGAAAUGGUUCGUUUCUUCAUGUGUUGUGCUGGAUAAAGGUGGAUAUUCAAUUCCAUCAACACUCACGCUUUUAUUACUCUCCACGAACCCAAACUAGAGGUUAGAACAUGAUACAUCAUUUAUAUAGAUUUAUAAAUCAGGGUUUAUUAUCACUACGCGCUAUGAGCUAUGAGCUAAAUAAACCAGCACAGUGACGUCUCUGAAAUGGAGGACAUGAUGGGCAGUCUUAUGAAGAAGGAAUUUGUAAGUGUAUGGGUCCGGGAUCCCCAGCUUCACAAAGAGGAUUUCUGGCAUGCACACAUCGACUAUGAGAUCUGUCUUCAUACCAAUAGCAUGUGUUUCCAGAAAAAGACCUCUCGCGUGAGAAGGCGAUACAGUGAGUUUGUGUGGCUACGUCAAAGAUUGCAGGACAGUGCUCUUCUUGUCCAGUUGCCAAAACUUCCUCCUGCUAACCCGUUCUUCAGCCUCAGCAACUCAUUGCAGGUGACCCAGCGUAUGGAGGGACUGCAGAGGUUUCUGGAAGCAGUGCUGAAGAUGCCCCUUCUGUUGUCAGACAGUCAUUUGCACCUGUUCCUGCAGACCCAACUGAGUGUUGCCAAAAUGGAGGCAUGUGUGCAGGGCCAGACUAGUUAUACUGUGGCUGAGGCUAUCCAAUGCUAUGUAUAUGAGACACACGUCCCUCUGGAGGAUGAGAGCAAAAGCCUCUGUGACUGUGACUGUGAAAGCACCUCCUGUUCAGGUCUGGAUAUGUGUGUUGGCACUGCUAUUCCCUUUGAAAUGUCCUCCCAAAAUGGGAGUCCUGGACACCAAUUCCUGGCCAUGAAACUAGACCCUGAGACCUUCAGAAGUUUAUCUUCAUCUCCUGAGAGUCAGCAAGACACACAUACAUAAUAUGCACAGGGUUAUGUACCUGUUUUCUUUCAUAUCCAUGCAAACAAAUGCCUGCUUGUUGCUCACAUCACCCAGGAUGAGCUUUGGGUGGAUUAAGUAGAAAAGGCUCCAUUGUUUAUGAGUCUGUCGAUUUGCCUUUGAGAGAUUUUUUUUUUCUUCUGAAAGCUGAAAGUGUCUACUUCUUGAAGUUUUAUUCUUGAUUAUAGCUAAGAGUGCAAUAUGAACCACUUAAGCUUAAGUAUCUGAAUCUGUAAUUAUUGCUUUGGUAAAAUUGUUAUUAUUAAAUAAUAAUAAUAAUAAUAAUAAUAAUAAUAAUAGUAGCAGUAGUCUGUCAAUAAGCAGGAAUGCCCUAAAUCUAGGAAUGUAACUUAGUACCACUUUAAACAUCAAACAUCAGAAUGGGGAAAAUGUGAUCUCAGUGACUUUAACCAUUGCAUGGUUGUUUGUGCAGGGCUGGUUUGAACAUUUCAGAAACUGCUGAUCUCCAGGGAUAUUCUGUUAGUGUCAGUGAGGAAAAAGAUAUACAAUGCCACAGUACCAUUUGCAGAGAAGCAUCCCCACAAUGUGAUGCCUCCACCUCUGUACUUCACUGUGGGUAUGGUGUUCUUGGGAUCGUACGCACAACCCUUCCUUCUCCAGACAGUUUUGUUUCUGACCAGAGUAUAUUGUUAUAAAAGAAUUAUGUUUUGUCCAAAUGCUUUUUAGACAUUACAGUGCAUCCGGAAAGUAUUCACAGCGCUUCACUGUUACAGCUUUAUGGAUUAAAUUAAUUAUUUUCCUCAAAAUU